AUGUCGGAGCUCUUAACAGGAUCUGCCGAUCGUCGGCGCCCAACUCGACAGCCGACAAGAGAAGUUGCGGGCGAAGUCACCAAGAAAAUCAUCGGUCUCAACAACCAGGCGCUACCCCCACCAGCUUUUUCCUCGCCAAAGAUUGGAGGCGCAGCCCGGUUUUUACCUCAGGAAGAACUUGACAUGGAACCAGUCAAGGACCACGGCGAAGGGGAAGGCGACUUUAGAGAGGGUUGCGGCAUCAGCGCCACGGAUUUCACGUCCUCCGCGUCCUCAAAGCCAUCUUUGCCAGAAUCAGAACCGGAACAUCCACUGGCCGCUCCGCCGGGAUGGCGACGAUAUUGGGGAUUGUUAGAUUGGGAAGAUCGCAAUAGACCUGAUAUUAUAUCAAGUCCAUUUUGUAAGCACUGUUAUGAUGACGGAGUUGCAUGGGCCUGUAAACUGGAUAGAUGGUCCGGAUGCAAGGUUUCGCACCCUGGUCGCUGCCUGUAUGUCAUCUCUUAUCAGCAACAUCCAAAAGAGGACGUUUCCAUAAAUGACCUUCCCGAGUAUAGAAUGAGAAGGCAUGCGAGGGAAUGGCGGGCAAGCGUCGGCACUCCGUUAGAGAUACCAACAGCUAAAACCGAGCGAAGCCUGUUUAUACGAGCUCCAUCCAUACCGGAGCAAGGGACGGUGAAGGCAGAAGCAACAGGACAUGAGCCCAUCGUACCGGAAUCACGCCCAACAUAUUCGCAAGUCCGGAGUGCUUACGAGGACAUAACUCGAGAGAAUAAGCAGAAUAAGGCUUUAAGGGCUCACUUCAACAUGCCGCGCCCUGCGUUGUUUCCUGACAAGCCUUCUAUGCCGACAUGGGUAGAAGACGUGGAGAGAUUUCAACCUGGAGAUGAUAUGAGAAGACCCUGGUCGCGAGCUAUGAUGUCUAUACCUUUCAAAAGUGGAACCAAAGCUGCAACUGUAGAAGCACUUACAUUGGAAGAUGAGUCGGAGUAA